AUGGACUGCACCGUCAUGGAUCUGGAGUUCUGGGGACAUUCUGUUGGACAUUGUCCCCUCAACAAGCGCGGAUGGGUUUUACAGGAGCGCCUUCUUUCUCCGCGAGUUCUCCAUUUUGGCCGCGACCAGCUUUUCUGGGAGUGUAGGGAGCAUGCGGCGGCCGAGUGCUACCCCGAAGCACUUCCGCGGCAACUGUGUAACGGCGUCGAUGCAAAGUUCAAGAGGCUUCACCCAAUAUCGAUCGACACAGGUUCGGCACCUCAGGGAGGAGAGACCGACGAUUCUUUGUUCUACUACAAAGUAUGGAACUCGAUCAUCCAGGCAUACUCGGAUACCCGCCUGACCAAGUCUCCGGAUAAGUUAAUCGCAUUAUCCGGAAUCGCGAAACACAUGGCUGUCCGAAUAAACGACAAGUACCUUGUUGGCAUGUGGAGGAGAUAUCUAGCUAGUAGUUUGCUGUGGGAAGUCGACAGCGAAAACCAGAUCGACGGCUCGCCCUCAGCUCGACCUCAACAAUACCGAGCCCCGUCUUUCUCGUGGGCUUCAGUGGACGGAAGAAUAGUGCCUGCCGCACCUUCUGAGUCAAAUUUGCUGAUCAAGGUGGUCGAGGUCCACAUUGACUACGUUUCAGAGGAUGAGAUGGGCCUAGUAAAGGGAGGCUACCUGGAUCUCAAAGGCUACCUGCGACCUUUGGAGAUUGUGGUCAAGUUCGUCGGCGAACUCCAGCAAAAUUUCAUACGAGUUCAUGGCAACAUUGUUCGGGCUAGCCAUAAGCAGGAGUGGGACAAUGGCCCUCUUGUGCGCCUGGAUAUCGGCCAGAAAAACUUCGACGAUGAAAACAAGGACGGGUCCCUAUUCUAUAUGCCCACACAGAGGCAAGAGACGCCUGAUGAUCACGUGUCGUAUCUGCUCUUGCUAUCAGUCAAAAAGUCUCCAAACACGUUUCGAAGGAUUGGGAUAGCGGCGACGGCUGAAGCUGAGGAGAUCGAAGUGUUGCAGGGCGUGAACUUCGGAAGUGCGCAUUCGGCCGAGCAGUUUAGUGAUCAUGGACUUCAGACUGUACGGAUCGUCUAA